AUGGAUAUUGCCCAUGCUGUCACACCUCCACAAAUACACGAACCGAUGAUUAAAGGAUUGUUAUAUGAAGUAAACAAACCUAUUACAAAAGCUGCUAAAUUCGGACAGAAUGUGGGGCAGUUGGUCAACAAUCUAGAUAGAAAACUUAAUUCUUGGUCUGAAGAUAUCACUUGGAAAUUUAAUGGAUGGUUAAAACAAGCUGAGAAACAUGCGAAUAAUGUUAAAAAUGGUAUUGUCGACACUGGUAAAAAAAUUAAAACAGGUGCUGAGAAUGCUUGUAAAAAAGUUUGGGGUGGAAUUAAAAGUAUCUUUGGUAAACGGUCAUCUAGACAUGUGGAUAAACGAUGUGAACAAGGUUGUCCGCAAUGCGAUCGACUCGAUACCAAGAGGAAUAAACCGGAUAAAGUGAUACUAUCUAUUUGUGGAUCCAAUUUCGUUUCAAAGCAGAAGAAAAUAGCGACAAAAUUAAAAGAUUUAAGAGCUCUGUACAGUUUCAUCCUCUCGAAGAACUCGAUUGUUUUGAUGGUGGAGUAUGAAAAGAAAAGUGUUCUCUUUACAGGCGGAAAAGUAGAGUUCAAGACAUCAUUUGUAACAUUUCAAAAUGGUAAAAGGAGACAACGAUUUAAACUUCCAGGAAUGUUUGUUAUCUCUGACAUUAAUGGAAUGUCUUUGAAAAUAUCACAAGAAGUUUUCAGACGAAUGUUUUAA